ACGAGACAUCCGGGAUCUAGGCGCCUGUCGCCAUUUUGCGAGUUUCUUUGGAUUUUCUCUGCGUUUACGGGCGAUUUACGCUCUCUUGCGAUCAGCUUUGGGGAACAUCAACCCCAAAGAAUAAGAGUUCAUAAACUUCAUUUUUAUUCUACACCUUAAAUAAAUAUAAUUAUUGGGUAAUUUCACAAGAAAAUUACCAUUUUCUUCGGGGUCUUUUGCAAACAUGGAGUUGUAAAAAUGAAGCCAAACGGAAAAUCAGUCGAGCCUUUUCAAGGAGCGACUUCGAAGUCCUUCGUGGGAGUGUAUGUUAGAGGAGACAGUAAUGGAAAAGAAACCUUCAAGCCGACCCGGGUCAGUCCCGCCCAAGGGAAAUGGUGGCUUGGAGAGUAAAAAACAAGAAAAUGGAGCGAAGUUCCCAAAACAGGGUCGGAGGAAGGAAGGUCAGGGUGGGAAGGGGCGUGGGGAACCGCCUCAAGGAAGAAAAACAACCUACCCUUUAUCCAAUAAACCGGGAGCAAGGCCUCGUCCUCGAGGAUAUAACGGUGGAGGACAACGGGAUGAGAUGAACCUGGACAGGAGGGUUGAGCCUGGCUCUGCCCUUAUGGAAGGUUCCAAGAAAGGCAAUGGCAACUUAAACCAUUUGCUAAACUUUACGUUCACCCCUCGCGAGGGGGCUGGAGGUAUGCCAGGAAAUACUGGUUGGAAAGGCCGUAACAAGUGGAGUCGGAAAGGUCCAAAAUACAACAAGGAACAGUUUUUACAAGCAAAUUGCCAGUUCAUUGUCAAGGACACAGGAGACUACACAAUACAUGCAGGGGACCCUGAUAGACUGGUUGACUGGGAUCUUAUAGAACAAGUGAGGAUAUUUAGCCAUGAGGUGCCAUCAUGUCCGAUAUGUCUAUACCCCCCUACUGCAGCGAAAAUAACCCGAUGUGGCCAUAUUUACUGCUGGUCGUGUAUCCUACAUUUCUUAUCUCUCGAUGAAGGGGACAAGAAACGCAACUGGAGAAAGUGUCCCAUCUGCUAUGACUACAUUUACCAGAAAGACCUGAAAAGUGUAACAUCAUUUGCUACCCACCAUUAUGUGGCUGGGGAGAAGAUUUCAAUGAAGCUGAUGAAAAGGGCCCGUGGCUCCACCUAUACCGUGCCCCAGGGACAGUGGGCUGAAAGAGAGGCUAAACUUCACACGAUAGAUGAUGAUGUCGAUACACGCUUUGUUAAACUACUAGUGGCAUCUGCUGACCAAGUCAAUGAGAAGAUUGUCAGUAAAGAGAAACAACAACUUCUACAACAAAAGAGGGAAGAGGGGGAGAGUUUAGAAUCAUCAUUCGUUGAUGCUGCACUGACAGAUGUCACUAGUAGAGAAACAUCACUAAACGUUUCCAUGGCUGCAAGUAACGAAGCAAGUGAAAUGAUUAAGGGACCAAAGCUGGAGUCUGAGGUGACUCAAGCUGAUAUGGCUACACAGAAAAUUACUCCCUCCUGGGGAGCUGGGGGUGAGGGCAGCUCAAAGACUGUCACAGAGUACGCAUCAGCAUUUGAUGAUGAAGAAGCAUCAUCUGACCACUCAGAUAAUACAUCUCAUUCAUCCAUAUGUCCGUCUGAAGAACAUGAAAAUCACUCACUAGAGGACCAGAAUAUUCACUCACUAAAGGGCCAAGGAAAUCACUCACCAGAGGGCCAGGGUAAUCACUCACCAGAGGGCCAGGAGAAUCACUCUCUAAACAGCCUGAGUAAUCUUUCACAAGAGGAAGUUGUGACCAAGGAGAAUGGGACGAAGGAUGACUCUAAAGCAUCUGAAACAACUGAAAAUGAAGAUAUGUCACGUCAAAGUGAGGAAGGAGCUAUGGGAGAUAAAACACAGCAUCAUCAUAACCCAAGCACCAAGAUACCAACUGCCAUGUACUAUUUCUACCAAGCUGAAGAUGGCCAGCACAUUUACCUGCACUCUCUCAAUGCAAGAUGUUUGAUCAAGGAAUAUGGUAGCCUUGAGCAAGCACCUGAGGUCAUCACUGCAGAAAUAAUAGAAAUGGAAGCUGUUUCAAUGAAUGAGGAAUUGAGAAGAAGGUUGAAGUAUUUGAAUCAUCUGCCUUUGACGUGUGAAUUCCAAGUAGCAGAACUGGCCUUUAAGUCUCCCAGUUUAUCCAAGAAAACACUUGCGGUUUUCCAAAAUGAGCUGGAUAAAAGGCGUAGAAUGAGACAUCGCAAAGAUCGUGAUGACAAAAGGAGAAACAAAAAAAUUACAAUAGAGGAAAAUAAGAAGAUGGGUAUUCAGCCAGGUCUCCAUAUACCAAUUGAGAGUAGGCGUCAGUUUCCAGAAUACCGUGAUUCAUUCAGCGAAAGUCUUCCCUCCCCGAGCAGUAGUACAUCCUCUCAAGAGCCUACCCCACUGGGAAGUCCAUUAGGUUCAUACCUUAAUCCCAAUGCUUGUGAGUUCAACCCGAGUGCCAGUACACACAACCCGAGUGUGAGUGCAAACCUGAGUGGUCAUGUCACACAUGUUGGUUCUAUAGAUAGUGUUAGCAGUGAUCUUGGCGAACAGGGGUGCACACCUGUAUCUUUUGCACAGAUGUUGAAGGCAGGUCAUGAUAAACCUCGCCAGUGGCCGAUAAAAUCAUUAUCAAAACCAGUCUCUAGUGUAAAGCCUCAGGGUGGAGGACAUGUCCGUGUAGACAGUGAAGAGAGUGAUAAUGAGGACCGUGUCCCUGUGCCGGAGUUUCAUGCAUCAUUUGGUGAUGCUAUACAAGCUGCUCUUGAUAAGGGCAAGGCAGACAGUCAAGAUGGUUCUGAUGGAACUGGAUCAAAAAAGAAGAAAAAACAAGGAAAGAAGAAAUUGUUAUUCACAACUUCAAUGGCCAGGAAUGGAUAGAAAAAACAUAGAUAAAAUAAUAUAAGGUGUGGAUAUUCCGUUGCCAUAAGUGAUUACAAACCUACCACAUAUAUUAUAUACAUGUACAAUUGUAUGUACAGUUUAGUCUGUUUAUUGAAUUAAAGCAAAAUGGAUAAAUAUACAGAUAUGAUAUCCCAAGGGGAUAAAACUGAUAUCCUAGACCUACUAACAGUAUAAUUGGAUGUAAGGUGCACACAAUGAGAAAGAUAUGCCACAAUUCUAAGAUACAAAUGGUGAUAUUGUGAAGUGAACAGACAUUCUUCUAUUGUUGACUGUACAAACUACUAGUAUACUUAGAGGAGAAUGUGGAGUUAUUCAUCCAUGUAAACCUAAAA